CCCUCUAAGCCUCGAAUAAAGUUGAAAAGGUCAUUUGGAUGAAUUGUUAAUGAAGUAAUAAACUCCCUCUUAUCGCGAUAGGAACAACUAACAAAGCAAUGGCUGCAGAAAACGACGCUACCGAGUUGGAAUUUGAAAUGAAAGGAUCGAAGCACGCUCGUGGCUUGUCUGAGACGAAACUGACUGGAGAUUUAAAAGAAAAAACUUUCGCUUUUCGGAGUUUAAAGAAAAAUCUGCGACUCCUUAUUUCUGUUUCUGUUGCUGUUAUCUUGUUUAUAAUCUGCAUAGUGCUCAUGGCUUUAUUGGUGACAAAAUCUGCGAAGGAUGUUUCAAAUUCAGAAAAUGAAGAUUCAACUAAGAGCAUAUACGUUUAUUCUGAUGAAGCUCAACGCAUCAAAUUACAAAAUUUCUUACAAAGGGUUCAAGAUACAUAUUUCAAGUAUAAUCCACACACGCUUACUUGGGAACCUCAGAUACGAACCGACGAACUGAAACGCAGACAUCUUCCUUACAACGCAACUCCAGAAUAUCUUAAGGAAAAAACGGAUGCUGUAUUAAAACUUUUAGAUGAAAUCAACGCAAAAAACAUCGAUGAAAAUAAAAUGACCCCUCGCGAAGUUAAAGCUUUGGAGCAGGUAAAGCACUUUCUGAAAACGAUUUUUGGUGCUCCUUACAACGAAAACUUUUAUAAUGCAGAUUGGAUGAUGGGUCCAAACCAUUUUUGUUGGCAAGCAAUCUGUUCAAUUCCUUACCACAUCGUCUCUUACGGAAGCCGUGUUACACCACAAAGUUUUGAAGACGCUAAGGAAAUUAUAGAGAAAAUUUUAUCGAACAGGCAUUCUAUUAUGCAAUUCAAUGAAAAGCGUAUUUGGUUUCAAUUCCGCCAUGAUCAAACGUCAAAGGCAUACAAAUUUUAGAAAAUAAAUGGCGAAGGUGGAAACGAAAAUGUUCUGUGCUCAGCUCUUUCCACCAAAGAAAAUGACGAGAAAGAAAAAAUCGAGUUGUCAAAAAUUUACGAUGUGACGAACGAAGUAAAAGGAAAUAUUUUGAUUGCUGGCGGUUUGCCGAAUGAUUCCCA